AAACAAAGCUUCCCAGACUUCAAUGAAUGGACUCAUCAAGGAUGAUAAGAAACCAGAUGGAACAAGUGGACUCCACAGUCCAAGACUGUCAAAAUGGAAUCUCGGUAGACCUCUUCUUUCACUUUUCACUCAUUCCAGCGGUGCUGAUUGCAGUGGUGCUUUCAUUCCUCCAGAAAAGAGCACAGAGACUGACCAUUGACCACAAACUGCCGUUCCUGAGGGGACGUUUUGCCAUUGUGGUGCCUUUGGACACCGUAGGCGGCCUCAGUAACCGUUGGUCCUAUGGGUUUGCGUUCGGUGCAGUGUCCACCAGUGUCCUGCUGCUCUUCUCUGAACAUUACGUCCCCUUCAACUUCCCAAACUGGGCCAGAGCAUUCGUGUACCUGAUUGGCGCUUUAGAGGUGGGCCUGGUGAAUUUCCCUCUCUUUGCCUGUCUGUCCACACCUUUCAGAAUGACUGGGGCUGUGCUGGGAAUACUCUACUCUUUGUUCUGGAUCAUCAUCACAGCCUGGGAUACAUUCACCUGUCCAGGUGGUAAGAUUUUGGGUGAAUAUCAGAAGGUGAUUGUCCAGUGGCCCUGCAUCGUCUCCCUCAUCUUCCUCUUGGGACGAUUUAUCUACAUACUGGUCAAAGGUGUCCGAAUACAUCUGCAGUUGGAGCAGGAGAACCCCGAGGAGCUGAUUGAACACCAGGUGCAGCAUGUUAAGAGACUACUGAAGAAAGCACCGGCAUACAGUAAGCCCCUCAGCUGGUUCCAGAGCAGAGUGUAUGAGUGGGAUCCCUACUUCAAGUUCCCCAACAGGAUCAUCGGCACUGCCAUCAUAUCCCUUAUCUGCCUAUAUACGGUGACUCUGGCCGACUACACUCUCAGUAAAGUGGUUUUUGACAAAGCAGGGGAGUGGAAGGACACACUGAAAAACCUGGUUACCUCCUGUAAUAACACUGGAGCUCUGGCAGCCAUGAUACCACAGCUGGAAAAUUUCAUAUAUGUGUCCAGGGAGACUUGGCUAGCUACCACCAUCUUUGCUAGUCUCAACUCUGUCGCCUACACCUUGCACGUAUUGGCAUGUUACAGGAAACACUUGAAGAGGCUGUGGAAAGGACAGAAGGGUUUUCUUCCUGAGAAGUUUCACAACCCUCGCUCUGCUGCCAGUGUGGCUUCCAUUACAAGAUACUCUGGAUGGCAAAUAGCGUUUACACUGUGGGGCUACCUGAUAGUCCACUUUGUUCAGUUCGUGUUUGCCCUGCUGUUGACAUAUUUGCUCAUUCUUCCUGUAAAGGAUGGAAUUGUACUGCACAUGCUCGCCAACCUUGGCAUCAUAAUUCUGACCAUCGGUCUUGUGAUAGUCCUGGUGAUUCUGCAGAUAGUUCUGGUCCAGAUUUUCUUCCUCCAGGAUAAAAUAUCUCCUACCGAUAAAGGCAAACCUCUGGCUCUGAAUAACAGGAAAGCAUUCCACUGCUUCAACUACUUCUUCUUUUUCUACAAUGUGGUGAUGGGGAUCGGAAACUGCAUAUUUAGACUGCUGUGCAGCAUUGUGGUGGGAACAUGGCUGGUGUCUCGUAUAGACCGAACCAUUAUGCAGAGAGGAUAUGAAAGCCUGGAUACUGGUUACACUACAUGGAUUGGGAUGAUCUUCGCUGACCAUUAUCAUAACAAUCCAGUCAUGGUGUGUUUCUGCCAGCUGCUGGUCUCCAACACACUGGCGAGAGACACGGCGUCUGCAUACUCCACAUUCAGCAACACACCAUCUGAAUCAGCUGUGAAUAGCCGGGCCAGGAGACAUUGGGUGUUGCUUUACACCUUACUGAGGAACCCAAAACUGAUCCUGCUCAGAAAGCACCACCUCUCCUCAUCUUCGUCAUUACAGACAUCAUCAUCUCCUCAGUCAGACAUAGUGGUGCGGGCUUGUGUCAUGGCCUCACAAAUGCAGAGCCCCCGAGCAACAUCACAGUCACUGCCGGAAAUCAUAAUCACACCAGCAGAAGGCUGUUAAAAGAUUUGGAUCCUUUUAAAAAUAUGGGUUGGACACUGUGAGGUUUUCAGUGAGUCUGUUUCAAGGGCUGUAAUUUCACAAAUGUUUGGUGUGAAAUUGAAAAGUGAGUGAAAAUGAUGUUAUUCGUCCCAAAAAUCUAUUUCAACUGCCAACAUUUCUGAGGAAAAGCAGCACUAACGUCAAACUGACAAGAUAUAAUGUAGUUGAUGGGUCAACAGUCUCUGACCUCAGAGGCAGCGUUCAUCCUUAGUAAGUUCCUCUUUUGGGAUUUUACUUUAAGAUAUUGUGAGAACCUCUAUCACAGAUUGAUCGUAUGUAUCUUAAAGAAUUUGUGUUGUUGUCUGGAAUAGGAUUUUAUUCACUCUCAUCUAGUGUUCAGACAUCAGUACAUGUUCUGUCUGUCGCUGAAUGAUCUGAACAAAAGUAUCAGGGUGUGUUGCAGCACUCACAAAUACCAGCAACAUACAGUACAUUUCUCUGCUGAUUUACUAUUUGGUGACACUUCUACAUCUCAGAUUCUUCUAAAUAGGCAAGAGUCUGACUAACAACUAGGAGGUGAUCAAGUGGCUUCUCAAAAAAAAGCUUUUCUAUUUGACAAAUUGUUUGUAGUUAUAUGCGGCUGUGAUUUGAGGGAGAUCAAAGCAUUUGGUUUCUUGUUAUAACUUGUCUUUUGUAUUUUGAUAUGUUGUAAAAACGCAUAAUUUCAUUUAAAGUAAAAUGUGGACUUCUGUGCAGUAUAUAGACACAGUCAAUGUUAACUAUGAACCUUUGUAUAAUCACAUUUACCUCAUUAACAUCUAUUCUAGAAAUGGAUAUGGUGCACUACCACUGGCCAUUUUCAGUACCAAUAAUGUUUAUUUUGUUUUAAUUUUAUCAGAAUUAUGUGACAAUAGUUGUCAUUCUUGGAUUGUUAAAAUGUAACUGUUAAUAUGUGACUUUAUGCAAAGCUGAUGUAUAUUCUCAUGAAACCUUUGUUGGUGGAUCAUAGUGGUCCUGUAGGCCAAAUAAGAAGAACUCUACAUAUGUAUUAGGCCUGUGCAAGCAAAAGAGAAAACGGCAAACUGUACUUCAUAGUAGGAAGUUGUAAAUAUGGCUUUGCUGCACAAUCAAAUGCUUUCAGUUAGAAAUUAAAACACAAUGGUCAAAGCUAAAUUGGUGUGACUGACUUAAA